AUGCAGCCGAAGCUUGCGCCCCCCCCUCCACCUGUAAAGGCGGGACCCGCCAAUGCCAGCCGGCCCAAGAAGCAGAAGAAGCAGGAACCUGCCCCGGGCAAGACGGAAACCCGGCCAAGUGCCCCAGCCGAGGGAGACAGUGGCAUCAUGGAGACAAUAGAGUUUGAGCGGCGCCUGGACUCUCUGCGGAACCAGACGUCAGCCGCAGCUGCGUCCAAGCAGAUCCUGCUGGCGGUGGCCUCGGUGGCCAUCGGCGCCAUCUUCAUCCUCACCAGCGUCGAUUUUGGGGGCGGCUCGCCCUCCGGCCCUUCGACCUCCUCUUCAGCCGGCCGCCCCGAGCAGACCCUCACCGGCCCAGAGCGCUCCGCACUUGAGGCCGCCCUUGAGCAGCAGCAGGUCACGUUGUCCUCCAACCCCCAGGAUGUGAAGGCACUGGAGGCGGCGGCCACCAUCGCGGGGCGCCUGGGCGAUUUCCGGGCGGCUGCCGCCAGCGCGACGACGCUGACAGAGCAAAACCCGGGCGACCCGGCCGCCUGGCAGCUUCUCGGCGAGUGCCAGGAGGAGCUGGGGGACGGGCAGGCCGCGGAGGCGUCCUACGUCCGGGGCUGGGAGGCGGGGGGGAGGACGGACCUCCUAGUGCUGGGGCGCCUGACCACCCUGCUCUCCAAGCAGGGCCGGCACGAGCAGGCCCUGGAGCGCAUCGAUUCGGCCCCGCUCUCCGUGCUUUCCUCCCUGGACGCCCAGCUGGCGCGCGGGCGCGUGCUGGCGAGCUGGCCUGGGCACAGCCUGGACGCCAAGCACCUGUAUGACGGGCUCAUCGAGGCCCACCCCGACGACGCGCGGCCCAUGCUGGCCAAGGGCCUGCUGCUGCGCCAGCAGGGCCGGGGUGUGGACGCCGAUCGCGCGUUCCUCCAGGCGCGAGCCCUGGUGCCCCCGGAGCAGCGGGCCGGCCUGGACGCCGUCAUCGGGCGCUGA